AUGCCCGCGACCUGCGACCCCUUGUGCGGCUGCCGCUGUGGCUCAAAUGUGGAACAAGGCAAAUGGUACGGAGUCCAUUCCUACCUACACCUUUUCUAUGAGGACUGUACCAGCGCUCAUCUGGAUGAGGCCUCUAAACCUUCAACCACCACAGCCUGCAGCGGGUGGACCUCUGUCCUCUGGAAGGUGACCCUCUCCGCUGGGAUCCUGCUGUCGCUCAUUGGAGCUGCUGCCCUGGCCACGGGGUUCCUCCUGCCCCCCAAGAUGGAAGGAAUCAGUGCAGAAGAGUUCGUGGUGCUCGACCAGCAGGCUGUGGAGUACAAUUAUGCCCUGGGGAUUUGCCGAGCGGUGGGAACGGUCCUGUGCACCGUUGCUGGGGUGCUGCUGGUCACCUGCGCUCUGUCCUUCACUUUGGCCAGAGUGAACAGAGAAGGGAAGCCAAGAGAGGCUGAAGAGGCCGAGGAAGAGCCGCGGUCACCUUUACUGCCAGAGAAUCCCCCUGGGCAAGGCAGCGCCGUUGGCACGACAACUCCCCUGGGAUUCAGACCCUCCUGGGUGCAGAGCAUCUGGCCAACGACAGACGUGAAAUCCCUGCAGGGUCCUUUGAGGAGUGCCUCCAAAGCCCCAGCUCAAACGCCUUCCUCUGGCCUAGCUUCAGUGCGCUAA